GGACGGGGACUGCGACUGUGUCUGCUCUUCCCUCUGGCUAUGCUCUGUUCUCUCAUAUGUUCUGUUCUUUAACUGAGACAGAGCUCGCUGUCUUUGCCAGUCUGUCAUUUAUCUUCAUUCCUUUUUUUUCCUAUAUAUACUAAUUUAAUAAUGUUUUCCUUAUUUUAAUUACCAAAAACCUUUCUCUUCUCUCCAUUUAUAUAUAUAUAACCAUAUACGGCUUUCUUGUUUUCUUUAUCCUCUGUUUCCAGCAUUUUUAUUUUACAAACACAAAGAGGUUUUAGCACCGUUAGCAAAACGUCAACGUUUUGUCAUUUUCCAUGAGUCUCUUCGGCCUCGGUAGCAGAAACCAGAAGACAUUUAGGCCUAAGAAGAAUGCUCCAUCAGGAAGCAAGGGUGCUAAGCUUCAAAAGCACAUUGAUGCAACCUUGGGUAGUGGGAACUUGAGAGAAGCUGUUAGGCUACCACCUGGUGAAGAUAUCAAUGAGUGGCUUGCUGUAAAUACGGUGGAUUUCUUCAACCAGGUGAAUAUCCUGUAUGGUACACUGACUGAGUUCUGCACAGCAAACAACUGCCCAACUAUGUCAGCAGGACCAAAAUAUGAGUAUAGAUGGGCAGAUGGGGUUACUAUUAAGAAGCCUAUAGAGGUAUCAGCUCCCAAGUAUGUUGAGUAUCUGAUGGACUGGAUUGAAGCUCAGCUAGACGAUGAAGCAAUUUUCCCACAAAAACUGGGGGCACCAUUUCCACCGAAUUUCCGAGAUGUUGUGAAGACGAUAUUUAAAAGAUUGUUCAGAGUAUACGCCCACAUUUACCACUCACAUUUUCAGAAGAUUGUGAGUUUGAAAGAAGAAGCUCAUUUGAAUACUUGCUUUAAACAUUUUGUUCUGUUUACUUGGGAAUUCCGGUUGAUUGACAAAGGAGAACUUGCACCUCUGUCUGAUCUUGUGGACUCUAUUUUGCAGUUGUAGCCUCAAGGAUUCACCCUUUUCUUUGAAUAUUUUGGAUACCCUUUUUUUUUUUUUGCGAGCUUCUAUUUGCUCAUCUAGUCUUUAUUUAGUUUUUUUUUUUCUUUUUUUCGGUCUCCUUUGUCUUCCAAUGGUGUGUCUUUUCUUAAUUAGAAAUGAAGACAAGUUUGACAUUAUUUAUGAUA